CGUCAAAUUUGUAGCCGUCAGGAGAGGGAGUGCGGUGCGUAGCCGUUCCCUUACUGCGCCACUUUAAGUGGAAGGGGCAGCCUUGAAACCUCCAUGUUUGUAUCUUGAAAUUGCGAGCGGAGUUGAGCACCAUAUUGAAUCAAAGUUGCCAUCUCCUUGACAAAUGUGUUACAAGUUUCAGACUUGUAACUGUAGCGGCUAUCUGAGCCAGAAGGCUGAUAGUCUGAUGGAUUUAUUGUAGGCGACUUGUUGCGAUGUUUCCCGGCGCGCCUCGGCUCCGUUUUCCUGCAUGUUAACUUGGUUUUUAAUUUAAUGCACCGAGUCAGCGAACAAUCUCUAAGUUUAAAGUGUGAGCUCAGACCUGCAUGUGAUGGACAACCCGUCCUCAAUAAUCACACAAGUCAGCCGGGAUGAAGAGGGGAAUAAAGCCGCAGCAGAGGGAAGCUCUUCCCCCUCCAAGAAGCCCCGCAGCAGAGGCCUCUUCUCCAGCCUGUUCUGCUGCCUGUGUCGGGACCAGCCGGAGCCCCCGCCCGUCAACAACAACGCCCCUCUGCUGGUGGAAGAGAACGGGACCGUCUCCAAGAUCCAGGUGAAGCCACUGCUGCCUCCUGUGAAGUCAAAAGACUCUGGGAAGAUCUGUGUGGUUAUAGAUCUGGACGAGACGUUAGUUCACAGCUCUUUUAAGCCCGUGAACAAUGCCGAUUUCAUCAUUCCUGUGGAAAUAGACGGAACAGUACACCAGGUGUACGUCCUGAAGCGGCCGCAUGUCGAUGAGUUCCUGAAGAGGAUGGGAGAGCUGUUUGAGUGCGUACUGUUCACGGCCAGUUUAGCCAAGUAUGCAGACCCGGUCUCAGACCUCCUGGACAAGUGGGGCGCUUUCCGCUCCCGCCUGUUCCGGGAGUCCUGCGUCUUCUACCGAGGUAAUUACGUCAAGGACCUGAGUCGCCUGGGGCGCGACCUGAACAAGGUCAUCAUCGUGGACAACUCCCCUGCCUCCUACAUCUUCCACCCUGAUAACGCAGUGCCUGUGGCCUCGUGGUUCGACGACAUGUCCGACACCGAGCUGCUGGACCUCAUCCCGUUCUUCGAGAGGCUGAGCAAAGUGGAUAACGUCUACACGGUCCUCAAGCACCAAGGGACGAGCUAACAGCGCUCGACCUCUCACCUCAGCUCCGAACAAAACGGCGUACAGAACGGAAACACCCACACCGGCGAGGCUCCAGCGAUCACUGCCCACCAGACUGCUUCACAGCUGACCGAGCCUUCACCUGCCCAGUAUCAACCCAACACCACGUUUGGGAGUCUUUGAUCACUUCCUGGUCAAAAUUUACCUUCUAACUUUCUCCGUAUCGGCGCUCCAGCCGGCUGAUACGAGUGAACGGAUAACAGGAUGGACGAAUGUUUCAGGACAUUUCUGAACUUGCAGCAGAGUUAACAAAGCAGAAGUCUGUAGCCACGGAUCCUCUGGGUACUGGACCUGAAACCACGGAUUCAUCAGUCCGAUCCCGCAGAGCUUGCAGGAUUUGGUAAGCAGGAAUCAAGGGGAAAGGAAUUUCUGGAAAGAUUUACGUGCAAAUAAACUCGUCAUGGGAAGAGCAGAUGGUGUAAACGUAGUGUAGAUGUCUUUUAAAAUAGCAAUGUCUUCAUCACACGCACAGUUUAGUCAAUUAUCAAAAGCAUGUGAUCGCCAGGCGUCUUUUUAGACCCAUGUGAUCAGGUAUUUUUGAAUAAUCGCGACAGUGUUAUGGAUGACAAAAAGUUCUAUGAUCAGGAGAUGUUAAAUUGGUAAAUAAAAUAACAACAUAAAUCCCCUAUUGACGCAUUCAAGACCUCUAUAUAGCUUCCAGUUUUCUUAUACUCACAGAUCACCAUAACAUCAAUGUUCUUAGUUCUGAGCUUUGUUCUUCAGUUAAAUUUCUGUUGGUCUCCAAACUUGUAAUUCGUGCAACAAAGUCAGUCACUGUGGACACGCCACAGAGACUAGCUUAGCUUCAAGAGAGACGCUACCCUGAGCUCAGCAGACAACACCACCGAUAAAGACUGUUGCAUGUUUGUGCAGACAAACAGCUGUUAAAGCUGUUGCCGUCGUCAUUAGAAUCGGACGUGGCUUCAACGGAAAAGGCGUCUCAUAUGUCUUAAACUUUUCCUCUCUCAUCGCUAGAAAACACGCAAGUGAGGGAAACAUGGUUGCAAUUAAAGGACACGCCCAUAGUGUCUAG